UUUCGGAAAACCAACCAUUUGACAUUGCCAAUGAUUCAGGUUAAACUGUUUUGCAUUGUUCAUGUUAGUUCAAAUGUAACUAGACUCCUAUUCCAUUUUAACUUGUGAAUAAGUUUUAUAUUACAAACGAGUUUAUAUUACAAAUAAAGUAAUAUUUUAAUCUACGCAGUAUUAAGUGUAGUGUUAUUACUGCGCAGUUUAAAUGGUUCGUUGUGCAGUUUGUGGAUAAAUAUUACCUUUUAAUAUUUAAAUAUUUUGUAUUAACAUUGUAAAAACCAGAGAGGGAGAUACUUUGAGAUUGCUAAAUAAACAAAACAAGACAACUAACAGAAUGGAGCCAUCAAGCGACGGAAUGUUUGAUCCAGGUAUAAGCUUCUCCCCUAUGAGACAACCGCCACUCAUCAAACAGUUAAAAGGUAUACUCUCAGAGUACCCGGAUGGUGGUCAAAUUCUGAAGGAACUCAUACAGAAUGCCGAGGAUGCUGAGGCAACUGAGAUCAAUAUACUCUAUGAUGCCAGACAAAUUAAUCAUACGAGUGCUACAAAUGAAAACUAUAACAGAUUUUUCAGGGGUCCAGCUCUUUGUGUCGCAAAUAAUGCGAUAUUCACAGAGAAAGAUUGGGAUGGUAUUCGUAUGAUAUAUAGCAGUGUGAAGGAAGAUGAUCCUCUGAAAGUUGGCAGAUUUGGUCUAGGCUUCAAGUCCGUGUUCCAUAUCACAGAUUAUCCCUGUGUUAUUAGCGGCAGCAAAAUUUUAAUGAUAGAUCCACAGCAACCUUCAAACCAAAUAAACGCAAUGGUUAAUUUAUCCCGAAUUGGAACCCUUGAAAAGCAUGGUCUGAAUGCUGAGGCAUUUUGGGAAGCAUUUGACGGAGCGUUUGGAAUCAAACCAGGAAUAGUUGCCAAUGGUUAUUAUGAAGGUACAUUGUUUUGGUUCCCACUCCGCCAGUACUGUUCAGAGGUGUCAGAAACAUUAUAUGAUGAGGAAAAAGUUAUGGACCUGUUCGAAGGAUUACAGCUAGAGGCGUCUUCUAUCUUACUCUUCCUGAGGAAUUUAGAAAGUAUAAAUAUAUAUACACGUAGAAACGAAAAUCCUAUUUCAGAAAUUGUUAAAAUAGAACUACAUGAUACAAAUGGAAGCGUCCGUAAAAACAGAUUUGAAUUUAAAGAAAAAGUAAAAAAACUAAAUUCAGCUUAUCAAGAGAAAGAUAUAUGGAAUGAUGUACAGAUAUCAAUAAAUAUAUUAAAGAAUGGAAAGUCUAACAUAUCUAAAUGGAUGGUUGUGAACUAUUAUGUUGGUAGCAGUUCCAACUUGAAUUUUCAAAAACUAAUACACGAUGAGAAUUUCUGUUACAGUCCAUAUGUAGGAGUUGCGGCUCCACUUGAAUCUAAGAAGCGUACUUUUGAAGGGCAUGUGUUUGCCUUUCUACCAUUGCCGAAAGAGGGAUCACGUCUUACCGGACUACCAGUGCAUGUAAAUGGAUUCUUUGCCCUCAGUCAGAAUCGACACCACUUAAAGCUAGAAACCGAGGAGCAAAGAGAUAAAAGAAUUGAUGACAAGUCAAUUUUAUGGAACAAAUAUCUUAUUUGUGAAGCCAUUCCUCUUGCUUAUCAGAUCCUUGUAAACUCAUUGAUACAAAGGUCGAUUGGUUGUGAAAAUGUAUCUGAUUCAAUUCACCAUGUGUAUGCAUGUCUGCCUGAUUCAUCAAAAACACAUAAAACAUGGGCUAAACUUGAAUAUACAUUGUUUAGGAAUAUUAAAACACAACCGUUUUUGUACAGUGGCAAUGUUAACACUUGGAUACGACUGAAUGAUGCAUGUUUUGCAACUUUAAGGAACCUACCUUUUGAACACCAACACGUCAAAGAUGCCAUCAAGCACUGUCUCACUUCUGUAGGAAAGAAAUACGUAGACAUUCCAAAAGGGCUUUUUGAAACUUUACGAAUUUAUUAUCCUCAGGUUCAGGAUCUUACUCCAGAAGUGCUCACAACAUACCUUCAUAAGAACAAUGGUUACAGAAAAAUAACAUGUGAAAACAAAAUGGAUAUUUUAGAAUAUAUCUUAUCGGAGAGCCAAUAUGAGUUGGUACAUGGACUGGAGCUUCUUCCACUGUCUUCUGGAGAAUGGACAAAUUUCAACAAGAGCGAGGCGACAGUAUACAUUUGCUCUAAAGAUAUUUUAAGGAUACUUCCUGGCUUUCAGCACAUUCUUUUGAAGAACAAGUCAUCUCUUAGAAGCACAUUAGUAUGUCAGAUAGAAGGCUUGUGUUGUUCUGGUGCUUCGCAAAUUAAAGAAAUGAACGCAUCUACAAUAAUCUCGUUUUUAAAAGAUAUUCUGAAGACCGAAUUAGGAGCGUCUACAACACUACGCCUAACUGGAUCAAAUAAAUUAACCAUUCAAUGGUUGCAUGAUGUGUGGGAGUUCUUUAUCAUGAAAGGAAACAUUUCAAUCUCAACAGGUCUCUCAAUUGUACCAGUACUGAAACAAGGAUCCUGGAAAAGCCCUAAAGUCAUCCAUUUGGCAAAAUUAACUGAUCUCCUCCUUCUUAGAUCAAAAGAUGGUUUUCCAGAGGAAGUAUACAGCUGCUUCCAUUUACUUGGAGUAACCAUAUUAGAAAGUUUACCGCCUUGGAUUCCACAAGAUAUCAUACACCAGUACUGCCUUUCCCCUAGUCAUAAAAAUGUGAUUUCACUUUUGUCUCGGAUAAGUAAAGGGCAAACUGUUUAUCAGAGUGUGACUGCUUUCAACAAUUCUUGUUCAUUGAAUGAAAAAAGGGCGUUUAUGAAAAUGCUGGUAAAAUGUCAGUUUGAAAUGUCAGAAAAUGUUAAACUCUUCACAAAGGAACUCAAGAUAUUUGAAGCUGUAAAUUAUAUUGAUGGGAAAAGAAAAGCAGCAUCCUUAACGGAAACGCCUACAUUUAUAAAUGGAAAGGAAUCAUUUCCAACGUCCGUAAUGUUACCGUUUACAUGCCUUCAAGUGAACGUAUCAUUGGAAUCAUUCGUUGCAAAGUUAGGCGGAAGAAAAAUUUCUGUUGAAUAUAUUGUUGAAGAGUACCUCAAAAUUGCUAACCAAAGAUUGGAAGAGAACAAUAAAGAAUUCAAUUUGUUUAUCAAGUAUUUAAUUACUAAUUUCCAUUAUUUCAAGAACAGUUCAAAAAUUGUGAGAUUGGCAAAAAACCUGCGUUUCCUCAAAACAGGACCUAACUCCCGCUCAUAUAUUGCCUCGGAGCUCUUUGACCCUUCUGAAAAAGUUAUUGAAGAUUUACUGUACGGAGAGUGCUUAUUACCAGAUUCUACGUAUACAAAGGAUACAGAAGCAGUUCAUAUUCUUAAAAUACUUGGACUUAAAGGUAUACAAGAUAUAGAUUGCAUGCUUCUUUACAGCGUGGCUACCACUUUGAACGAUUUGAAUAGAAAGUGUCAGAGAAAAAACAACAAAGAUCUUCUUCGUAAAGCAAAAGCGUUUAUGAAUAUCAUCUCUAGGAAACCCUCUUUGCUAGAAGAUGCCUGUCGAAACGGGUUUAGUUUAGGGGAAUCUAUCUAUUCGUUUGCGUGUAUUCCAGUUGAAAAGAGAGUGCCAGGAUAUCCUCCUUGUAUUACAUGGUUUAAGAGUAAUGACACGCUUUGUAAACCCUCCGAUGCAAAAGAUAUUAGUUUAAGCCUCCUUGUAGGAGGAAUAAUGCCAAUUAUUGAAUGCACGUCAGAGCCAUUUGCUGGGGUAUUCGGGUGGAAAGAUCCGCCAGCUAUAUCAAAUAUAUUUGAGCAGCUUAAAAUAGUUAGAAACUGCUAUUCAGUGCACUACAGAUCUGAUGUAAUGCCUAUAAUCAAAAGUAUUUAUGACCAUCUUAGUAAACGUCAAGAAGAAGUACGAAAAUUGAAAGAUGAUUUGGCUGUCGAAUACAUUAUUUGGACAGGAGAAGACUUUGUUACCCCUGAAAGAGUUAUAGUUGAAAAACAGAAAGCAGACAUUGAUUUGCACCCUCAUUAUUACUAUCUUCCAGAAGAAUACAUGUGUAUUCAGCAUUUAUUUAUCUCGCUUGGUUGUCUACCGAAGCAAGACAUAUGUACAUUGCAAAAUACCAUUAAAUGUAUCAAUUCAUGUAAUGAAAAAGUAGAAAGCAAAGUAAUUAUGAAUCGAGAUAAGCGCAUAGUAGUUGAUAUUUUAGAGAAAAUUGCAAGUCUUGUUCUUGAUGGGUUUGUUUCAGUUGGUGAUCUUGAAAUAUUAAUGAUGGUACAUGAUACAUGUUAUCCAAGUGGUUUUACCCUCCGACCGGCGUCGGAAUGUACGUAUGAUGAUGAUCCAACAUUAUUUUGCGUAGACAAUGGGGAUUCUUAUCUCGUACAUGAAAUGAUUCCAGUAAAGACUGCUACAGCUCUGGGAGUAAAGUCAAUAUCAAGGAAAGCGGCAUUGGAUGCAGAGGAACUUGGUGUUGAGAAAUGGGGACAACAAGAACAUUUGACGACUAGGAUACAUGCUUUGUUGAGGGAUGGUUAUACUGAUGGAUUAUCAGUCCCAAAAGAGUUAAUACAGAAUGCAGAUGAUGCAGGUGCUACUACAGUGAGAUUCCUUUACGAUGAACGACAAAAUCGAGAACUAAGAGAACGAGUUCUUUGUAAGGGCAUGAAAGACUUUCAAGGGCCAGCAUUAUGGGUUUACAAUGAUGCAGUUUUUUCUGAUGAUGACUUAAAAAAUAUAACUAAGUUGAACGCGGCAACUAAACAAACUGAUGUACAGAAAAUAGGAAAGUUCGGGUUAGGAUUUUGUUCUGUUUACAACCUUACAGACUUGCCAAGUUUUAUCACUGGAUCUAACAUUGUUUUCUUUGACCCACAUGAAAAAUAUCUCGGAAGUGUACGCGGAACGGGAUUGAAAUAUACAUUACCGAAUGCAACAUUAGUACUGAGACAUAGUGACCAAUUCAAACCAUACAAUGGUGUUUUUGGUUGCGAGAUAGGUGAUAAGGAUUUCAAAUCAUACAACGGAACAUUAUUCAGACUUCCGCUUCGCACAGAAGAACAGGCAAGGGAGAGUAAAAUUUACUCUGUGUCUUAUACAAAUGAAGAAAUGAUUAAACUUUUGCGAAUGCUAAUUCUAACAGCGGGAAAUAUGCUUUUAUUUUCGCAAAAUGUCACAACAAUUGAAGUUUUUCAUCUUGAUGAAAAGUCAACAAACGCUUCAAAACCGGAACUGUUGUUCAACAUUCAUAAGAGUGUGUUCCAAAUUGCACAUUCCUUAUUCAAACCACUGUCUGUGUCAGUUUUAUCACGAAUGAUACAGAUUAAAGCAAGAAAUUUUAUCGAAAUGCAUAAAACUGUUAUCCAUUAUAUAACAACGAAAAAAUGCAAGGCUUUAAUUGAUAACCUUGCCAAUAUGGAUGAAAAUUUUGAAAUAGUUUGGCUAUUGUCAUGGGCUAGAGGAAAUAGCCGGUCAUUGAAAAUGUCGCAAAAAUUGUUUUCUGAGGGUGCAGUUCCUCUUGCAGCUGUAGCUAUUCCUUGUGCAGAUCAAACAGACGGAACACCGAUUGCAAUACAAAAUGUAGGAGCUGGCUUUUAUUCAGAAGGUCAUAUAUUUUGUUUUCUUCCACUUCCUAUUAAAACAAAAUUGCAAUUUCAUGUUAACGGUUGUUUUGCUGUGACUUCAGAUAGACGUCAGCUUGUUACUAUAACGGAGGAUGAUAAAAGCAGUAACAGAAAUGAUUGGAAUAAUGCUGUACAAGAAGAUGCUUUGGUAAUUGCAUUCAUCAAACUGCUUGAAAAACUUUCAGAGAAAGAGAUGAAUGUUAACAAGACUUACAAAUAUUACACACUUUGGCCAUCAAACUGUUCCGAUGUACUUCUACAUUUUAAAGAUGAAUUUUACAAGCAUAUUGUUGCUAGCAAAUGCAAAAUAUUUGAGGGAAAUGGAUCGUGGGUAAAUUUCCAUGAUUCGGUAUUUUUAGACCCAAAGUUUCGUCAGAAAUCGUGCGGAGCCACAGCAUUUGAGUUUCUAAAACACAUCAUCCCAAGAAAGGACAAAACAGUCAUUGAAAUGCCAGAAUACAUCUUUGAAAAUAUAAAGAAAAGUAACGUUGACAAAAUUGAGUUGCUACGUUCUGCUGUUAUUGGCGAGAAAGACUUUUUUCAGAUAUUUUUUAAAAAUAUCGAUAAUACGUUUUGGAAGAAUCGAUUUGAAGAGCGUAAUAAUAUGAUAACAUUAGCUCUGAAGAUACAAGACAAGCAUAUUGAUAGCAUCAUGAAACAAAUUGAAUGUAUUCCGACGUCACCACAACAAAGACUUCGUCGGCCGUCUGACCUUAUUCAUCCGUAUGAAUCACUUUCAAAACUAUUCAGCGUGGCCGACGAAAGGUUUCCUUACGAUAUAACGAUGUUCCGUAACGAGAUUGCUCUAAAGAAUCUGAUAAGGCUUGGAAUGAACUAUAAAGUAAUGCCCAAUGCAUUUCUGAUUGAUAGGUGUGUUUCUGUUACGACUUUAGCCCAUGUUUGCUGCAGCUGUGCUCGUGAAAGGUGUACAUCUGUGAUAGAUUAUUUAUCGAAUGCUAAAGUUUUGACGUCGCUUUACAAUGACUUGGAAGCAUUACAGUUUGUCCAAAGCUCCUGUAUCAUGCCUGUUUUACAAAGGCCAAAGACUUGGACAUUUUCAUGGGGCGCUGAUAAGACGACUAAAAAUGAUUUAGUACAUUUAUAUGGAGCGAAACAUUGUAUAAAUCACAAAGAUGCUAAACCUUUACUACUAGGACAAUCAGGAGAAUUGGUGCGUCAGAGACUUUGUGAUUAUGUUGGAAGUGUUAAGUUUUUAGUAGAUGAAUCAUUCUUCUCGAUUGCAAAGGCAAGGCAAAAUGAUGUUCGGAGAUUUUUGCAAAUAAUGAAUGUUAAAGAUCUAGACGAUCUGGAUCCUCGACUGUUAGUCGAGCAAAUCUUGCUUAUUGUUCGGGAAUACAAAGACACAUCUAUUCAAUUUGAUGAAUUUAAAAGAAUACAUAACAAUGUAUUUCAACAUUUCAAUAGUGUUAUAAAGAGUGACCCAGAAAAUGUACCUGAGUGUCUUAUCGAAUUACGUGAUGUCCCUGUUAUACCAAUUGAAACUGUUCUAGUCAAGGCAGAAAAUGUUGCAUUGAAUUUAAAGGAAGAGUGUGUACCUUCAUUAUAUCGGCUCCCUGUUUUUGCAAACAUAAAAUGGAUACAUAUUUGCAAGUACUUAGGUGUUAAAGACUACUUCGACAUAAGUUUCAUAAUAAAUGCUAUCGACUCGUUAAAAGACAAUUGGAUAAACAAUAGCAGCAAUGUAGAGAAAAUCCGUGUUUUGCUUGUCAAUCUAAAGGAGAGCAUAGAGAUGUCCAAAACAGAGUACGAUAGUCUCAAUGAAUAUCAUGACAGAAUUUUAGCACCAGAUACCUUAUGUCAGCUCUGGCCUACAUAUGAUUUAGCCGCUGAGAAUAUCGACUUUAGAACAAACACUGAAAUAAAAAUUCUUCAUAGAGAUAUACCAAUAUCUCUUGGUGAAUCAUUAGGUGUAAAAACAAAAGAACUAAAAUGUUUCGAAUCAAUGUCGAUUGCUGUAUCAUUUGGUCAAAGGGAAAAGCUUGUUACCCGCAUCAAGGGCCUUCUUAAGGCCUAUCCCUGUGAUGAGAGUAUAAUGAAAGAACUCCUACAGAAUGCUGAUGAUGCUCGAGCGACAGAAAUACAUUUUGUAAAGGACUAUCGUGAACAUUCUACAAAGAGACUUUUCAGUAAAUCAUGUGCAUCACUUCAAGGACCAGCGUUAUGCGUGUUUAACAACAGCUACUUCACAAAAGAAGACUUUGAGGGUAUUCAUAAUCUUGGUCAGGGAAGCAAAGGUGAAGAUCCGACAAAAACUGGACAGUAUGGAGUAGGAUUUAACUCAGUUUACCAUUUAACAGACACUCCAUCGUUUAUAACUAAAUCUUCUGCCGGCGAUAAUAAUGACUAUCUAAUUACGUUUGAUCCGCUACUUUCCUGUUUACCUAAAGCAACAAUUACCGAACCUGGCCAAAUGUGCAAACUGUCGGAUGUUCAAGCUAAUUUUCCAGACCAAUUACUCGGAUUUUCACAGAACCAACUAAUGAAAGGUGAAAUGGGAACAAUAUUUCGAUUCCCUCUGCGGCGUACUCCUUCAGAUAUACAGGGGGAGGUUAUUGAUACAGCAAAAAUGGAUUCAAUUUUGAAUAGGUUUAAAAAAGAAAUAAAUAUAUCAGUGCUUUUCCUGAAAAACGUCAGGAGUCUAAAAAUAUCUAAAAUUAAUACAAAUGGUGAACUGAUUGAGGAAUAUUCGGUUAAUGUUGAAAUUUCUGAUGAAUCAAUGAAAGAAAAAGGAGCUUUCAACGAUUAUGUUCAUACUGUGGUAAAGAAAAACAUUAAUAACAAGGAGAAAAAUUUAGAUGAAGAUAUCAGUAGAGUAAUUUAUCCAAUGACGGUGAAUGAUAGCUUUGGAGGCAAGAACAAGUAUUUGAUAAUCCAACAAUUUGGUCAUCAGGGUACAACCAGUAGAACUAAAGAAAUGAAAGUCCCAUUUUCAAAUGGUGACCUUGGUCUGAUACCAAUCGGUGGUGUAGCAUUACCUCUGAACAGUAUUCUAAAUGUGACUGAUGCUAAAAAACAGAAAGCAGAAGUUGAAAAAUCACCAGGCACUUCAACAUUUGGAAAUAUAUUUAAAUGGAUGCAUUUCCUGAAUACAAAAUCUUCGGCAAAUUCUCAAUCUUUAUUUCUCUCCAACGAAGUUAAAGAUGCAGGUAAAGCCUUUUGUUUUCUACCGCUUCCUGUGGAAACAGGGUUACCUGUCCAUGUAAAUGGACACUUUGCACUAGAUCACGAGUCCAGAAGGGACUUAUGGAAGGAUGGUUUUAGAAUGGAAUGGAAUCGGUAUAUCUUAGAACAUAUAAUUAUUCCAUCAUGGAUUUGUGGUAUUCUUAAAAUACAAAAUGAUGUAACAAAGAUUCUAAAAACACAACAUGCAUGGUAUAAAGUCAACGAUGUUCUACAGAAAUACCAUAUGUUCCUUCCACUACAUGAUAAUUCGCCAUCUAGGAUUUGGAGAGAUGUUAUUUCACAAUUUUAUUUACAAAUUGCUAACCAAAAGGUAGACCUCUUCCCAUGCGUAUUUGACUGUCAGAAUGACAACUUUCAACAACAAGACACCUCUGGAAGUUCGAAUAGAUUUCAACUGACAUGGACUCAUGUCAGUUCUGAAUCUGAAUUGUACAUGGGUGGGUAUUUCAACGACAUUUUCAAUUAUUUAUCCAAAUACUCAAUCUCAUCGGACACACAAAACAGAACUAAUAUGGUCGGGGAAUUCCUAAAAAAUAUUGGUAUGAAGUUGAUUGAAACGCCAAAUUCGAUAAUGAACGAAAUGCAAAUAGCUGGCGUAAAAGACAUUCCUGUUUCCUCACCAAAAACAACAAUAUUGUUUUUAAACCGGACAUGUUGUGAUAUAGGCCCGGUAAAUGUUGACGUUACAGUCUCAAAGUUUAGAACAAAGCAAAAUUUGCUGACUUUCGUCAAAUUUAUUUGCCAGGAUGACUGUUUUGCAGACAAAUUAUCGGGUCUCCCUGUUCUGCUGACACAAGACAACAAAUUAAGACGAUUCAGUGAGGAUCACAAAGUGUUUAUUACCGAUUUUGCUACACUUUUACCUAGAUCAUCAUCUCAUUUUAUGAAUCUUAUGUUGAUUCCGAUAUUUUCAAAUGUUAAAAUAUUUGAAUCGAAUGUGGUCAAAAAAUUUAGUUUCAAUGAUUUUACUACCAUGCUUCCAGAUACAAUGCAGAAAAGUUUAUACGCAGCUGGACUUGAAACACAAUUGCAAUCUGAAACAAUAGAUAAUCCAAACGCUAUUUCUCAGGAAUGGUUAUUUUUAUUGUAUGAAUUUCUUUGCGAUCAGUCGCGAAAAGAAUUUAAAAAUAAUUCAAUGGACGCACAAACAAAAAUAGAAAUUGAUAUGAAGAAAUUCCUAACAAAUUUAAGACAGUUAAAUGAUUGGAGUUUCUUGCCCUGUGUUCAACAAAAAACGCACCGCGCUCUAAUUCCUAUUCAUAAGCUUCCAUAUCUGUUGCAUUUAACUUACAUUCAAAAACAGGAGAAAAUUGGAAAUGGACUUGGGAAGUUGAAUCUGCCAACAAUUGACUUGAGCGUAUUCGAUAAAUCACGAAAUGAAGCUAUCAUAAAAUCGAUUCUGAAACAGUGCGUACCUUCAUUGGAAUCGCCCUCUGAUAUACUUGACUGUUUGGUCUAUCACAAAGAGAAAAUACGAACCUUCAAAGAGCUAAUAAAAGGAGAAAGUACAGAAAUCUUAGCUUAUUUCGGGAGAAAACAUACUUUAAUUUGUAAGGAUAAAGAUCCAUAUGUAGUUGCACAAAAACUAAGAGAGUUACCAUUAUUUUUAACGAUGCAGGGCACCCUCACAAGCAUCGACAUCGGAUACGACAUAAUUGUUAUUCCAAGAGGAAUGCCAUUUGUAGGGGUUCAAGAAUGGGCUGACAACUGUAGCAUCACAUUGCUUCAAGAAAACGAUUUACUACAUGAAUUGUAUGAUUUUCUUCAACUACGUAAGGCAGAUAUAGAAAUUGUUUACAAUGAGAUGGUCCUGCCUAAUUUCACCGCAAUGCCUAAGCAAUAUUGGAUUAGUCAUAUUACAUUUCUGCGUGAUAGACUUAGUAUGGAUAUACCGGAAAAACCUGUCCGUGCCCAAAUAAUACAGCAAUUAACACUUAUAGCGUUUAUAAAUGUUGAUGGUACCAUGAAGAGAGUCAACCAGUUGUAUGACAUUGAAAAUGAAGUUUUUAGAUGCAUGAAAAGUCAUAAUGAUUUCCCACCAGAUAAUUAUCAAAGUGACCAAUGGAGAUAUUUUUUUAAGCAACUUGGUUUAAUCUGUGUAGUCACUGAUGAAAUGAUGAUCCAAUUUGCAAGUAACAUUGAAUUUGAAAGUACUUUUCGCUCAAGCAGCGAUUUAUGUGAAAAGUCAAACACACUUCUUCAAACGUUCCUAACAAAUAAAGGUAGGAUAUGGCAAACCGGAACCCUUUAUAGAAUUAAAUCAAUUAAAUUUAUCUUAUCCCAUUCUGUAGAGAAGCAUAAACUAGAUAUAUUUCCACAAUUUAAUGGUAACGGACAAAUCAUUUGCUUUGAAGAAUCAGUGUCAAGUUUGCAUUCAGAUUUGUGCUGGACAAGCUGCUACAUUUUGCCAAGCAAUGUUUUCAAUAAACUUGCUAAAAGUGUCAGACGCACCCUUCAAAUUUAUGAACAGCCAGAACUAAGCAAAGUUAUUCUUCACUGUCAAAAUAUAUGUGAUGUGUUAAAACCACAAUUGAGAUCUUCUAGUUUAUGUGGUGGAGAAUUUAUCAAAGAUCAGAUGACAUGUUUUUAUGAAUAUUUUGAUAAACAAAUCGGCAGUUUUGAAACGAUACGAUCAAGGCUGGAGAACAAACCUUUUGUUCAUCUCCCAGAAGAUAGAGAUUUAGUUUUACUACGUGAGGUAAUAACAAACUUACCUACUGAUCUUGAGAUUAAACCUUACUUGUACUCGGCUCCAAAGUAUUAUGGAAGAUACCAUGGUAUGUUUGAGAAAUUAGGAAGCAAGCAACAUAUUAUGUUCUCCCAUUAUGCUUACGUUAUGCAAAAGAUAAAAGAUCGAUGUAAAGAUUCUGAAAUGAACCCAGCUGAAAGAAAUAUAGCAAGAAAAGCAAUUAGGGAGUUAUUGCAGCAUAAUCAUGAUAAAGACAAUAGUAUAAAUGAAGUAAACUCUAUAUAUCUUCCGAAUGAGGAUCUCAUUUUGCAGAGAUCAAACGAAAUCGUUGUGUCGGAUAAUAUAUGGUUCCAAAACCGAUUACAAGGACAUGUCAGUAUAAACCUGUUUGCAGGAAAUCAGUUUCUUGAUAUAGAGGAAACUUCUGAAAAAAUGAGAGACAUGUUUACAAAUUGGCCAGCUCACUUAAAACCUUUAUUUUUAACAGAUCUUUUUGAAGAAAUUGUGUACCUACCAGAUGACGCCAAUCAAUCAUACUUGCGUAGCAGUAAAACUUUAGUGUUAGAAAACUUUUUCCAUUCCCCUGAAUUACUGUCUGCUUUAGGUGGCAUAUUAAAUGUACAGUUUUCAAUAAAAGGAGCUACAUUUAAUGAUUCCUUAGUUAUGGACGCUGGAAGUAAGUUACAGUCUGUCAAAUGUUACGAAAUUCCGUCGCUGAAAACUGUUCUGAGAUAUAAUGAUGAAGUCGUCAGCGGCUCCGACAUAGCUAUACCAUAUCAUAUAAAAGUAAAUAAGAGUGUUAUUCCACAGGAAAUAACCUUUUUUGUUUCUAAUGAUGCUGAAGAUGUAACAGACAUCAGUCAUAUUUUAGAUGGACUGAUUAAAUUAAUUCGUAUGUGUGUUGAGCAGCUUCGUUGGAGUUCGAUGAUCUAUGUAAUGCCACUCCUUCAAAAUAUAACAACCCCUGAAAAAAUACCAGACCUGCUUCAAAGACUCAAGAUUCAACCUCAUUUUUUGGAGAACUUAAAAAGAAGAGACUAUUUUCCUAAGCCGGGAACAUAUGUUGAGCCAAGAUUUAUCCCAUUUCUUGAACAAGGAAUCCAACCAUUUGAAAGCUAUGAAUUCAACUGUGUUGCUAUGGAAAUUGACUACGCAAAGUUUGAUUUUGAUAGAGAUGAUCCAAAUUAUAUAUAUGUUAAAAUUUUGAAUGAAUGUCCAGCAUCAAACUUGUUACUUGGUGAUUUGGGAAGGAUGUAUACUGUCUUAACGGGCAAUCCUGACAUUUAUUCAGAACAAGUACCAAUAUAUCGUUUGUAUAGGUUUGUCCGUAGAGAAGAAGAUCCUGGACAAGAAAUCCAACAGUUUGAUGCUGAACCAAUCAAUUCAAAACCUUUUGAUGAACAUUGUCGUUUUAUCAGGCAACAAUUAAUAGAAGCAUGGAAAUUACCACCGGCUGACCGAAAACGUGUUAUAAGAAGGCUUCUUUUUAAGUGGCAUCCAGAUAAAAAUCCAGAGCAAAGAGAUUAUAGUAAAAGGGUGUUCCAAUAUAUACAAGUAGUGAUAAGCCGUCUUGAAAAUGGAGAAUAUUUAACGGAUGAUGCAGAAAAUGAAAUGACAAGAGGGCCAUCUGAAUUUGCACCAUCAACAUCCAGGUAUUAUAGCAAUUUGAAUGAAAGUGCCAGAGCGUAUGCACGUGCCUAUCAUGACAAUUAUGACGAUUACUGUUGUUCUUACAACACGGGUCGUUUUUCCCAUUCUGUGUCACAGCAAGUAGUAAGACCUGAUGUUGCCGAAGCUGAAAGAUGGUUACGGCAGGCAAAAAACGAUUUUAGAGCAGCUCAAGCUAUGCUGCAAAUUGCAGACGGUGUUGAAGGUUUUAAUUGGAUUUGUUACCUAUGUCACCAGUCGUGUGAAAAAGCUCUUAAAUCGGCAAGAUAUUUCAAGGACGCCAACAAUGUUCCAAGAAGAAGUUACAGUCAUCGUCUUACUUUUUUAAUGAGUGAACCCGCAAUGCUUGAACAGGCUCAGUUGCUGGAAUCACGACUUGGUGAUCACGCUAGACUACGAUAUCCAGAUACUGUCAGUCGUCCUCGAAUACCAUCGGACAUCUUUCAAAGAGAGGAUGCUGAAUUUUCUAUUGAAGUAGCUUGUAAAAUGAUUACCAUUGUAGAAGAAUAUAUAUCGUGAUGUGUGUAACCUGAUGAGGCAAGCUAAUUUGAUGACUGUGAAGAAUAGUUUCGUAUCAUACAUAGUUUGUGCAUUGAACAUUUCUGCUUAUAUUGUAAUGAAUAUGUUAUCUUAGCGCUGAAAACGUAUAACCAUAUUUCUCAUUUUUAUUAUCAGUUUUGUAAAUACUUGAAAUUCAUAAUUCACUAUUGUUUAUAUAUGCUGAAUCAGUCGCAUUUGAUAUAAUGUUGUAAAAACUGUGCUUUUGAGUAAGUGAAUAUUGAUCAGAGUAUUAUAUGCGUGUAGGUUUACCUUAAUAUUUAACAAAUGUGUAUAUACAUAUGUGUUUUUAUUUUACUGUAUUACUAAAUCCCAAAAUGCACACGGAUCCUUUCUAAGGAGUCAGAUUUAUCACAAUUGUCCGUUUAACAUAAUAAUUGGUGAUUUAUUAGAUUUUGAAUGUUUUUAUUUUAUUUUAUAUUUUUUGUUUUAUUGUUUUAUAUUUUUUUUUUAAUGCUGUGACAAAUCUAGUUAAAAAAUAUUAUUAUCAUCUGUCACAGAUACCUUUUUACAAGUGUUGUAAAUACAUGUACAAGUAUUUUGAUGUUUAAUUUGUUUUAUUCAACCAGUAUCAACACAUUAGACUAAGUAUAAACAAAUAUUAAAACAAUUAUGUUUUGAUGUUUUGAUCUUUCUGUUUAGUAUAUAAUAUUUUACUGCUGUUUUGUUUCACAUUAUAUACAAUCAUGUGAAAUAAAAUUUUGUCGUCUAUUUGUAAAUAGAACAAGUUAUCAAUACAUUUUUGCUUUUGUGCAUAUACCUUCGAAAGGGAAGUAAGUUGUUGUGUAUGAGGAUAGCAUUUGUUAUUGUUUUGAAAAGGAUGUUAGCAUCUUUUUAUUAUUUUUAGUAUGUAUGAUUAAUUCGCUUAAUGUGUAAUUAAGUAUAAGCAUCUUAACUGUUUUGAUAUAUGUAUAUUUUCGACAAAACGAAGUAUUUUGAAAUAUGUCGUAUACAUGUCAUGUUUAUUUCAUGUUUAAGAUUAAUGAAUAACUCGUAGUCAUUUAUAUUGUGUAUAAAUUUUAUGUAAAUAAAGUUGCAUAAUUAAAUAUAUGUUUGACGAAUGUAGCAAAACCUCACCUGUAGAAUUGUGUUUAUUACACAUAGAAAGAAAGGAAUAUACAUGUAUAAUUAUCUUUAUUGAUACUUAGUUUGGUGAUUCUUUAAAUAUUUUAUUUGCAACUGCAUUGUUAUUAUAUAAGAUUAUAAAUCAUGGACAUAUACUUCUGAAGAUAACCAGCCUUUUACAUCUUUCUUUCAUGUUUUAGUUCUGUAUAUUUGGAUCAGAUGAGCAUAAUAGGAACAAAGUUUCUUACCAUCGUUUAAGUAUCAUUCAUUUUGAAACUCCCUUUAAAUCUUAAUAUUUGCUUAGUAAGUAAGUUUUUGUGUAGACUUAAGGUAAUUUUUAUUUCUAAAAAAGAUGUAUGUGAUGUUUUCAUGUUAUAAGUAUAAGUAGUUUUUUUCAGUGUUUGAUUAUAUCAGUGCUUCAGUAAAUCAUACAUAUUUGUUAAAUGUAUGUGUAUAUAUUUACUAUAGUGAUCAUUUAUUAUUAGCCUGUUUUUAUUCGCAAUGAUUUUAUCUUAAUUUGCAUCGGUGCGCGUGUGUUGAUUCCUUAAGUGAAAUGAUUUUAUAUUUAUUUUAAUUAUCGUGUUUAAUUUAUAAUUAGGUAUGUAAAUAAUUUCAACAUAUUUCACAACAUUAUCAUUAUAUUUUUUUUUCUCGAAUUUUGUUAACUAUGUAAUAUUUUGGAUUUCUCGAAUUGUGUAAACUGUGUAUGUAAAACAUUGGAUUUCUCGAAAUUGUGUUUACUGUGUCUUUAAUAUUUUAUAUUUCUCGAAUUUUGUUAACUGUGUCGAUAUUUUGGAUUUCUCGAAUUUGUUCACAAUGUCUAGCUGUAAUAUUUUGGAUUUCUCGAAUUUUGUUUACCUUAUUGUGUCUGUAAUAUUUUGGAUUUCUGUACUCAAAUGUUUGCACAGAGCGCUUUAAUUUGAUUGUAAAUAUUCAUACUGUACAUAGAAACUUUUUAAUUGUUUGUCUGAGUACAGUUUAGGUCUUUGUAUGUUUAAAUGUAGACGUAAACAUAUUACGGGAGAAAACAUAGCGACGCCUAUAUAAAUCCAGAAUAAACGGUAAGAUACCAAAAAAUGAUAGAAUAAAACAUAUUACAAAUAUCUACUUAAAGUUGUUGUUCCUUUCUGAGGCGAAAUUGCUGAUUUGUCUGAGUUCAUGUAAGUUGAGCUAGAAAUAGCUUUAUCGUAUAACGUAUAAUCCAAAACGGCAAGAAGGCGGCGAUCAUAUCUACAUGUAAACCUAAGAAGAUCUGAACAUAGUCAGAUUGCAACUUUUUGUGUUUUACAUGCAUUUUUUAUAGAAGUGAUAACAUAAUGUUUGUAGAUCACAAACAUUGAAAGUAAAUAUAUCUGAACAUUAUCAAAUACUUAUAUUAUGUAUAGGCUAUUUACCUGUGUGUGUGACUGAAUCAAUAUAUGAAUGAACCACUUAAUUUUUUCUCUACUGAGUAAAACAGAAUAGUUGUCAUGUACACUAGCUAAAACUUCAAUACGACGCAAUUAUCACUUUAAUGUAGCAAAUGUUUUUGUAUGACAUGAGAGUUUUUAAAUUGUAAUAUAGAAACAUUGUCCAUAUAAAUACUUCUUAAGUGUUGUUUUUUAAGUGUUAUUAAUAUGUGGUUUAACUUUAUUGUUGUUAAUUAUUACAUAGUAUUAACACACAAUGACCAUUAAUGUACAUAAAGUUUGUUUUAUGUUCUUCACUUGAUUCAAAUUAAUUCAGAUUAUAUUUAUCAUAAUGUUACUUUAAAUGUCUUAGUAUAUAUCUGUAAAACAUGCAUGUAUUUAAAAUAUAUGAGCACCAACUUGUAAAAAGAGCACUUCAUUUCUGCAGGCAUAGAUUCCUAUUCACGUUUACUAGAAUUCUUUAGUAUAUUUAAAUCUUUUUAUAUCAUUUUGCUGAGAUGUUUGCACGUAUUAACGCUGCUAUAUUAUUAAAAUUCAUUGUAAGAAAAAGAAAAAACAAUAUGUUCAAUUCUCAACAAUUUAACUAGGCCUGAUUACAGUCGUCUUUAAAGUGAAAUGGUAUUUCAUGCAAGGCAUAUAAUAUAGUAAACAAUUAUGUUUAUAGAGUUAAGUACCAGACAUAACAACGAACCACUAAAGAAUUAUAUAUAGAUGUUGUUGGUAAGUGUGAGAUGCAUGGUCUGAUAAAACAUAGUUAUGUAGACCAGACCACUUUAAUGUUAUCAUGAUAUACAUGUAGCAAAACUUAUAUAUGUCUAUAAUGUGAUACUUACCUUGAAAGAACUGCACGUUUUUAGGGUCAAUUCAUGGUAUAGUGUAUGAUAUCAUGCAAAAAUGAUAAGGAUUUAUAAUUUCUUUAUGGCCUUGUAAAUUCCACCUUUUUAUGUAUUAUUUGUUUGCAAUUAUUCACAAUUUGUCAAUCACAUAAAUGUACUUUUAUACAAUACAUACAUGUUCAUAGCUGAAGAACGUUGUUACAUCAAGUUGUAUCUUGAUACAUUUAACAAUGUGUUUAUUCAAAUAAUACUUUGUUGAAGUGGAAUAAAUACAAUUAAAUUGAUCAGUUAUUUAAAAAAACUAUAGGGAUAAACUUCUGUUAGAAAAUAACAAAAGGCGUGCCCUAAAUUAAAUAUAUACUUGUAACAUCAGUGUGAAGAUGCUUAAAGAAACACCAUGAAGACAGUGUAGAGAUCUUUGUAAAGCUACCUUAAUAUCAACAAAGGUACAAAAUUUACAAAUAACUUAUAUCAUAGGGAUGUACUUUUGUUACAAAAUAACAAAAGGUGUGCCUUAUAUAUACUUAAUAACAAACAUUGAAGAAAAUAUAAUACAUACGUGUUUAUUUUUCCUGUGAAUUUUGCGCUUAUCUUCUUUAUCAAAAUACUGGAAUCAUAGGGAUGUACUUUUGUUAAUAAUAAGAAAAGGUGUGCCUUGUGUAGAUAUUUAACAAUAACGAAAAUAUGAUACUUGACUGUUAAGGUUGUAUAUAUUCAAAUCGUAAGGAUGAACUUUUGUUUGGAAAAAGCAAAAGGUGUGCCUUAUUAAUUUACAAUCAAAUUACAGUAAGGAAAAUAAUUAAUAUAUUUAUUAUCUUAACCAUUUUAUUUUAUUUAUUUAUUGUUGUUAGAAAUAUUGAAAUAGUAGGGAUGAACUUUUGUUUUGUAGAAGCAAAAGGUGUGCCCUACAUAACGUUUUGAAACUUAAUUACAAAAUCAAAAAGGUUUGUUAUUAUAUAUGUAACUUGAUUAUCUUUUUACUGCUGAAUAUAUCGUAGGGAUGUACUUUUGUUUAAUUAUAACAAAAGGUGUGCCUUAUAUUUUGAUUAGAAACUUAACUACGAGAAAAUAAACAAUAAAUAAUCGCUUUUCAACUUGA